AGUGGCAGUUAUAUCAGUUUAGAUUAAAAUGGCGGUUGCCGCUGGUGGAGCAACCACAGCAGGCGUACGUUUAUUUUCAGUUCCUCGCACUUUACCGGCUAUCAGGACUUCAUCAUUCGUGACGACGUUGCCUUUCUCGAAGUUGGGUUCUUUUCCAGGGCGGGUAAGAAGCAAUGAACCCGCAAGGAAGAAGCUUUUAGUUAUCCGAGCUGCAAGAACUGAGUCUCAAGGCGUUUCUCUUGGUUUCAGGGCUCCUAAUUUCCAGUUGCCAGAGCCUCUGACUGGGAAGACUUGGACUUUGGAAGAUCUUGAAUCAUACCCUGCUUUGUUGGUUAUGUUUAUAUGCAACCACUGCCCAUUUGUUAAGCACCUGAAGAAGGAUAUUGCGAAGCUUUCCAAUUUCUAUAUGAAGAAAGGGCUGGCUGUUGUUGCAAUAUCUUCGAAUUCUGUAGCCACUCACCCACAGGACGGACCCCAAUUCAUGGCCGAAGAUGCUAAGCUAUAUAAUUAUCCUUUCCCUUAUCUAUAUGAUGAGACACAAGAUGUUGCAAGAGACUUUGGGGCAGUCUGUACACCCGAGUUUUUUCUAUUUAAAAAGGACGGUAGGAGGCCAUUUGAGCUGGUAUAUCACGGCCAAUUUGAUGAUUCCCGGCCAAGUAAUAGUGUUCCUGUUACUGGAAGGGACUUAAGCCUUGCUAUAGACAGUGUUCUAAGUGGCCAACCAGUGCCAUCAGUUCAGAAACCAAGUGUUGGAUGCAGCAUAAAGUGGCACCCACAGAAGAGUUGGUAAUCUGCAAAAACCUUUUCCAGUUAUCUGAUGAAUAUAUAUAAUCAAAGUGGCAUCCGCAUUUCUAUGUUUUUGGUGGAAAUAGAUGACAUUGGAACCUACUUAUUUUCCUGAAAUAAAGGCUUUCAUAGUACGUGCUUUGGAUUCCUGGAAGCAGAAAGGUUUAACAUGUAAUUUUGUAUAUAUAAAAUUCUUUGGCAUACAGAUAAAAAAGCUGUUACCAAUGCUGUUACCAAUGUCGGCAUGCAAUAAUCAUCUGUUAUUAAUUA